UAAAGACAGGGGGAGUGGAGGUGGGACCUGGGCUUCAAUUAGAUUUAGAAGAUCAAGUUCUCAGGCUUGAGUGGGAAGAGUCCCAGCUGCACUCAGGAUGAAAAAAGGAUCCAGUCUCCUAUUGUCUCAUUGCAGACUCAUAUGGUCUCCACAGCACCAAAGAUGUUCUCCUCUUUGACAAGUAAGAGCCCAUUUUCUUUCCAGCCUGAGGGACUGAAUGAAGAAAAGCUUAGCAACUACAGCGGCAGAGUCCAUUCAGCCCUGGAGAAAGAAGAGAGCCAUGUUUCUGGCAAUUGCACCUCCGACACCUCUAGCUCUUAUCGUUCAGCACCGAGCUCAGAAGAGGCCGAGAGUUUUAAGGACUGCAUUGAAUACUUGGAGGAAGCUGGAGGGGAUCGAAUCAUGCCAUGCACUUACUGUGACGCGGAAUAUGAACAAGCAUUGUUGAUCCUCUCUGCAGAUCAGACAAAACUUGCUCGCAAAAGCAGACUCCCCACAGCCGCUGCCAGACAACCCCACAAGACUUUGAAUGAUUUCAGCAACUCUUACCAAGAGAAAGGAAAUGGUUCUUCGGCAACUUCUGGAGACAUUCAGGUUCAUUUCCCCCCAAAUAAGAGCAAGACUUUAGGAGGCUCAGUGCCAGUCCAAGGGGCAAGAGUGCAGAGCCUGCAGGCAGAACUCCCCAGUGCUAUAAAAGAUCAAAACUGGAGAGACAAACUCUGUUCCAGUGGUAAGGAAAGCCAACAGGUUCAAGUGUCAAUCAAAGCUAAUAAUAGCUCAGAUCCAGUAUGCGGUAGAGGAAUGGGUCUAGUCACUCCAAGGCUGCAGCCAGGAGACAGCAGCGGAUCUAAAUACUUGGAUCAUCCUGCACAAUUCAGUGCUGAUAAAUCCAAGGAAAUGUUGCCCAGUGCUCGCAAGCUGAAGAAGAGCAGCCUUGGCAGUCGACCUCACGGUCCUGUAAGUAGCCAAUCGGCAUGCCCCAGAUAUUUUGUUGAAAAUUCAAGUGUUUUGAGUGAUUCCGAGGAGGCUGAUAACGAAGUGGAAAAGCUGACCGCCGGGUCUUUCCGGAGCCUCUCGUGUCCUCAAGGCAGUUACCUAGAUAUGUAUAGUUCUAGUAAUGGGACGUCAUCCAGCCUGUCCAAUUCCGUGCCAGAAGACUGGAAUGGAAUGAACAGGUGGCCGGCGUGCAGUGAUCCGAGGAAAACAAUGGUGGUUGGCCACAGCAAAGGAAACAGGCCAUUCCCACCGCCAGGCAAAGCCCCAGAAACAGAAUUGCUCAGUGGGGUCCUGGGGAAGGAACAUUUUGAGUGCAUUGAUCUCAGACAAGAGAAUGCAGAUGGCAAAAAAAGCCUGUCAAAAAAGAGAAUGGUGCCCAAACGCCAGAUCCAGUUGAGACGGAAGGACAAGAAGGAGACAGGCUUUUGUCCUCCCGGGGAGCCUGCGUCCGUGCAGUCAUUCACACAGCCAAGGAAAGACCCCUCUGCAAAGGGGAGAAAUAUUAGUGAUGAGUUUCGGAUAAAUUAUAAGCAGUUUCUAAAAGCAGCUUCUCUAGGCAAUGCUUAUAGCAAGACUAGGCUGGCUUCAGAUCUGGUGAAAAAUGUCUUAGCUAAAAAAUUGCAAUAUGAGCAAAGGAUUAAAAUGGAACAAGUGUCCAUCCAAGACAGCUCACCCUCCUCAGUCCCUUCCUCCAUCAGUACCGAUCUCCAGGGGGAUAGCAUAGAAGGCAAGUCAAGUUCUUUGUCCAAAUCUGAUUGCAGUUUCUCAACUGAGGAUGUGCAGAGCCAGUCCACCCCCAGUGAGCGGUCUGCAUCUAUUGCUAUCAGUGAGGACAGCAGAAAUGCCUUAAGGCCAACCAAGGGAGUUGUGCUUAACAAGCAGCUGAGAGAGAAUGUCUACAAGCUAAAGAAUACAUUUAAUGAGCUGAAUGAGAGAAUGAAGUACCAAGAAGACACUCCCUUGAAUAGACUCCCCGUCUUGGCCGAAGAUGGGGUGAAUGUGCUAGAAUCGAGCAACGUCGGGAAACAGGCCUCUGGGGAAAGACAGGAAUAUUGGAGAGCCCGAGCUGUGUUUGAGGCCAUGCAGGAUGACCCCAAAACCUUGCCUCUGGCUCCCAAAUUUGCAAAGUCACAAAAGCCAUGGCCAAAUCUGAAGCAGCGAGCUAUCCAGCAAAAGAAGGUCCUGUAUUCAAAAGACGAUACCUUUCCUUCCAGCCUUGCAGUGCCCAAAGAUACCUCUAGGAACACUUUCAUAUCCAAAACUAAAGAAAUGAAACUCAUCCCACAGAUGAAGAAUAAGCACAGUGUUCCCAAUGCCUUCAGGCCCACGUCUUGGGACAGAGGUUUCACCAACAAGAGGAUGCCUACAUUUCAGAGCAUGAAACUGUCCUCAAUCAUUGUUCCAGCUUCUGGCAAAUUCCACAACCCUAGCAGACUCAAUUGUCCUAAAGCAUCUUUCACUGAGGGAAGAAGUCAUAUGCCAAACAAAGGGAAUGUAAGGACACAUCAAUCCAGAGACGUUAGAAAAAUAGUGAAAGAGACUUACAACCUUGGCUUUAAACCCACCGAUGAUUCCAGUGCUGACCAGAGUUCUUGUGCAGAAAAAAACGAAAACGACAACUUAACUGGGUUUCCAAAGGAAUCCACUGCCAUCUCUCCUCUCUUCAUACACUGCACCUCAAUAUGUAGGAAAGACUAUAUACCGGCAGGAAGUCACAUGCAGGAGAAAAAGCAAGAUCAAACCGAGGGCUUGGAUAUGUCAACACUUUCUCUCCAGGAGGCCAGUACGAAGGAGUCCAGUGACAAUUUUCAUCCCAUAAUAUCAAACAAAUGCUCAGCAAUAGGUGACUCUGGGAUGCAUAUUGCUACAAUUCAGUCCAAGAAGUUAGCUGUCAGAAAUAAAGAAUUUCAGCCCCUUAUCGAAAAGAAACUAGUACUUUGUGAGAGGAGUGAGUUAAAUGUCAGACCUGCUUCCACACCCACCAAGAAAGAAUCUCAGCUUAAUAUUAAAGUGAACAGUUCUAUCUCCAAGCCACCACACACAACAGCAACUGAUUAUUUCCCCUGUGUGGGUUAUUCUACGGUCGAUGAUAGGACAAACAAAAAAACCCGGGCCCAGUUUAAUCACAGCCUCUUAAGGGAAAAUAAAGCUGUUGCUUCAUCUGAGAUCAUUGUGAUUCCACCGUCUGCCUACGUCCAGGAAAUCUCAAUGAGGGAGAAUAAUUGUUCAACCAGAAGUCGUAUGCUGGACCCUUGCAAAGUACAAGAAGCUGAAUCGUCCUAUCAGAAACAUCGAUCCUGUGAAACCCUCUCGGUAGGUCCCAAAGAUGGUAAAGGUUAUUCUGUCCUUUCUAAAGAAGAAAAUAUAUUUUCCGACUCUCUGCCAUCCUGUGUAAACUAUAGGCACUUACAUGCUACCCGAGCUCCAGGCAUAAAUACUCCAAACUUGCAGAUGCAAACUCCGACAAAUAAUCAAUACGUUGAUAGACUAUAUGAAACAACAGCAUUGGAAGACAGAAAACCCUUAGACAGCCACCACAGAAUACAUUCAGAAAGUAUAAUUUCAGAUAACCCAUUAACAGCAAGAGAGUAUAUGGAAGGAAUCAAGCUUGUGUCAAAUUCAAUGUUUACCCCAAAAUCCUCUGGUGAAAAGGUCCAGGACUCUGGAUGUGAUUAUUUUAAUAACAGCCAUCAGGCCACAAAUGAACAGUAUUUUUCUACCACCCAAGCUGACAACACAAAUUACUUAACUAUUCCUGUGAAAACACAUCCAUCUGAGCCAGACCCUAAGCAGUUGCCACCUUUGCACAUGGAUAACACUUCAUUCACCUCCAACAUUUCUUUCCAGCCAGGAGUAGACCUAUCUGGAAAUAAAAUGAGCAAUGAAUUUUUCCCAUCAAAACAAAUGGAGAGGAAAACUCCCUCUGAUAAUUUUCUAUACAGUGCCCCAAGCCUUGAACAACUUCCCCUAAGACAUGAAGAGUCCCCCAGUUUCACAAGAAGAAAUGAAAGAGUUUCACCUUUGGGUAAAAGUGCUCCAAGCCCAACAAGACAUUUUGCUGCCCCUCUACAGGCACAUCGAAAAAUGCUGGUUGAUCCCGAGAGUGGAAAAUGCUAUUACUAUGUAGAAUCCCCAAGGCAACCUCAGUUGAAGAUGCUUUAUGACCCAGAGACAGGGCAAUACAUUGAAGUGUUAAUACCACCAACUCCUCUGCCGUCACACAGUGGACUUUACCAGCCACCUUUUCCAUCAAUGGUCAUGAAUCCAGGAAUUUAUGGUCAACCUUACAUGUCAUAUUCUGGGUGUCCAGGUUUCCCCCCUCCACCUGCACCACCUGGCCCUCUGGAUCUCCAAGACCAACUGCCUGUUAAAGAAAAUGCAAACUUUAGUGAUGGUUUUAACCAUUUUGCAAAGCAUGAAGCUCCUUCAGCUCCUGAUGGCAACUAUAUGGAAAGUUUAUAUUAUAUUCCCACUGGGAUGAAUUCGAGUCCCAAUCCUAGCCAAGCUUUAUAUUCUCCUUCUACAAGUUCUGCUCCUUUGCCUAGGAUGUGAUAUGCAAUGAAACAAACAUUUCUUCCAAAAACUGGGGUUUUUCCCGAUCCUCUUUCUCCUCCUUCUCCUAAAUGUCAAGCCAAAUCUCUUUGCCUGACUCUUGGAAAAGAAUGUGGCAGGAAAGUUGGUUGCCUUUUGUUCAGUUUAUUAAUUUGUUGGUUCUGAAGAAUUCAAGAAGUAAUGCGAAACCAUGCCGCAUUACACACACUUCACUUCCUUGAUAAAUGUAUUUUGUCAAUAAUAGGCCACAUUCUGGUGCUGACUGAACCCAAUGGGAGUUUUGGCUUUUCCAACAGAAGGACCAGGAUUAGCCUGCAAGGUUUUCAUUUACAACUCUCAGUUUGCUUCUUGAAGUAUGUUAUAACAGUGUAGUAUUCUAAUGUUGAUCCUGCUCCUGAGGAAUCCAGUUGUUCACAACCUUUGACUCUUCUGUAGAAAUUAAAUGUUCAUUCAGUCAAUUUUAUGAAUAUCACGGACAAAUUACCAAUAGUUACAGACAUCAUUGUUUCUGACCGGUAUUCCACUUUGGCCGUUAGAGUUCAGUCAAUUAGUAAAGCUUUGUUAUGAGGACCGCAAGACCAUCUGGAUUGGACCACCUGAGAGAAGGCAUGGAUCCUCCCCUGAGCUUCAUCUUUGCCAGAGCUCUGUAUGAGAAAGACAGAUCUGGUGACUUCACCCUUGAUCAGGCUACCCAUGGAUCACAUCACUGCUGGAAAGGGAAAUUUUCUUCUGUGCAGUAAUUGAAACAUUAAGCUACUUCUCCAAUGAGAGAGAAUAUCUUUGGCAUCUGGUUGUCAUAAGCAAGUCGGUACAAGUAAUAUGUCAGAGUUUGAUCUUGUUCAGCUGUCCUGAAGCCUGCUCACACCUCAGUUCUCAAAUGUUCAUGUACUUGUAAAAAAAAAUUGGUGAUACCGUAGCUAUUGCUUGUAGCAUAAUUUCUUGUUAGGUUACAUUAAUUUACUAUUACUCUGGUCCAAUAUGAUGGUGAAUCUUUUUCUAUAUUCUAAACCAAGAGGAAGACGUUUCUUUUGGCCUUGUUCGAAGAGAGAAGGCAAUUUAGUUUAUAAAUAAGAGGAUUCUCGAAGCAACUGAAACUUACAUUUGGGUCCAUCACUGCCUCUGCUUCAUUUGACAUCUCUGAGUACAUCUUUUAAUCACUAUUUGUACAACUGAAUUGGUUUGUAGUGAGGCAGGAACCAACAGCUUUUAUGUAAUCAUAUCUCAGCCACUUCCCUUAGACAUCAAGCAGCCUGCCAGGUUUCAGUUAAUUUAGAUGGUUGAGAUGAAGAAGCCUAGAUUCUGGAACUUCAUUAUAAAGUCUCCAACUUCUUUGCACUUCAAAGCGCACUGACUUUUUUGCACUUCUGUGCACUGUUGCAGGGGUCUUCAAACUUGGUCCUUUUAUGACUUCUGGACUUCAACUCCCAGAAUUCCUCAGCCAGGCACCAAGUCAUAAAAGGACCAAGUUUGGAGACCCCUGCACUGUUGUGUUUGAAGCUUCAUUCUUGUCUCUGAUAAAGAUUCUAAUGUAGAUGAGUCAUGUCUCCUGCUAAGUCUAACCUAAAUGUGUGGAAGUAUGUAAUUCACUACUAAGCCAGUACAAAGUUUGAUACUGUCCACAUGGUUAAGCAACAAUUCUAUCUGCUUAGUCUUUCUUUUCUAGAAAAGCUGCUGUAUAUAAUGAUCUAGCUUAGCAUAGUGUAAUUGACACAAAUUGGUAGCACCUCAUCAGAGCUUCAAGCUGAUUUUUUUUCUCCCUCAUCUCUAGAUGAAGAUUCAGCCUUGGAUCUUCUGCAUACAAACUAUGUGCUCCAGUUGAGCAAAGGCUCUCUUUUCUAUAUUGCAUUAUGUGAUAUUAAACUAUAUCUCUGAGUAAUCUCUGAGAUCCUUCAAUACUUUUUAUUUAAACAGUAAUAACUUUCAGAGGCUUAGUGUAUGUUUUGUAGACUAAUACCUCAAGCUGUAAAUCAUCUUAAACUUACAGACAACUUAAUAAAAUAACAAGCCCAUAAGAAUUUGUUAUGCUACAAUCAGAUUAUAUAGAACAAUCAUAAAUCUUAUUUCCUUAGACUGGAAACAACAUAAAAACUUAUGUUUUGUUUCUUUGUUGCUGAGCUGACUUUCUUUUCUGAUGUUAAAAAAAAAAGAAAUGCAGGUGGAAAACAAAACAGUUAAUUUGGAUAAGGAAGAAGAUGGGAUAGGGAAUCCUUUGAAAACAAAGAGGGAUUACUAGUAAGGAGAUUGAGGUUAAUUGAGCAGUUUUAGAUGAAAGGUCUACUUUAGAUGUUGUUAGCCAGUUGUAUGUUUUCCUAUUCUUUCUCCCAAAUUUUUUCUUUACCCCACAAAAGUAUCUCAAAUGGGAAAAGGUGAAAUAGCUGGAGAAUGACUUUUGAAGCCUACAGACUGAACUAUAGAUUCAUCAACAGAGUGAGAUGACACCCUUCCUGCUAUACAGGUAGUCCUCAACUUAAAACCAUUCAUUUAGUGACUGUUCAAAGUUACAAUAGCACUGAAAAAGUGAAUUAAUGACCAUUUCUCAGACUAAUGACUGUUGCAAUAUCCUCAUGGCCACAUGAUCAAAAUUUAUAUGCAUGACAAUUGAUAUGUAUUUAUGACAGUUGCAGUGUCCUGGGGUCAUGUGAUCAGGUCCAUAGUGGCGUAGUGGUUAGAGUGCAGUAUUGCAGGCUAACUCUGCCCACUGCCUGAAGUUCAAUCCUGACAGGCUCAAGGUGGGUUCAAGGUUGACUCAGCUUUCCAUCUUUCUGAGUCGACGAAAUGAGGAGCCAAAUUGUGGAGUCAAUAUGCUAAUUUUGGAAACCGCUUAGAGAGGGCUGUAAAGCACUAUGAAGCAGUACAUAAAUCUAAACGCUAUUUCUACAGCUUUCACCUUUUUCAAACUUCUGACAAGCAAAGUGAAAGGGGAAGCCAGAUUCACUUAAUAACCAUGUUACCAACUUAACUGCAGUGAUUCAUUUAACAACUAUGGCAAGAAAGGUUGUAAAAUGGGACAGAAUUCACUUAAGUAUCUUGUUUAGCAACAUAAAUUUUGGGCUCCAUUGUUGUUGUAAGUUGAGGACUACUUGUAUUCUCAUAAUACUCCUACCCCGAGGCUUGUGCAAUAAUGCUAGCUUCAAAUGCUCAAUUUUAAAUUAAUGAGUGUACAUCUCCAUCUUUCUCUCUCUCUCUCUUUUGGUGUCUUCAAGUCAGUGUUGACUCCUGGUCUGGACCAGUCCUUUCAUUUUCUUGGCACGAUUGCUGACUGGAGAAUUCUGGGUGUUGAAGAAUUAAAGUUGAAGUUAACUUUCAUUCUAAAGUUAACAAGUUUGAAAAACAUUGAUCUAGGAGGUACCAAAAGUCAUUUGACGAUAAGCAUUCUUUGUAGGAGAACAACCAUCACUAUGAAUUAUGGCUUACAAAUUCUGCAAGAGGAAGAUAGAGGAGAUACGAGUUUUUAUGUUUGGCCAUCAAACAAGAUGAAGAAAGAUGUGGUCUGUUUUCCAACCACAUAGAAGUAAAGGGUAUUAUCUUGCUUGUUGUGCCUGUGGAACCCUUCUGUAGAAGGAGAGUCAAGUGAAUGUAAUACAUUGUGUAGAAGAAAGGGGAGGGGGGAAGAUGAGUGAGAACCAGAGAGAAUCCGUAUUGAAAAUAAAACAUCUGAAUCCUGAAAAUCCUGAAAAGUUCUUCUAUUUUUAAUUUAAUAUGAAAGGGGAAUUUUAGGUAGGUUCAUGACAGUAACAGAGAAAACUUAAUCAAGAACCCAGGCACCGCUGGACUCCCCCACCCCCUAUGUGUUUUAAGAACAAUAUUUUGCAAAAGACUAGGAAAGGGAGUUUUAUGCGAAACCCAUCAGCACAUAGGAGUCUCACUGUGUAAGCUCCACUGGCAGACAAACAACAACACCCUCAUAUUUCAUACACCAUAUUACCUUAUAUUGGCAGCCAGGCACGAAAGGAUGUUGGGAACAGCACAAAGCCAAAGUAGGUUACUUUGAAGAGCAGGUGAAUACCUGUAUAGAACUGUUAUUUUUUGCAGCGUGUAAACUGAUAAGAGUCCUUUCUCACAAUCUCUGAGACCAAUCUGCACAAUGCAUUUGCCCAAAAAAGAUUCAUUUGAUGCAUCUCAGUUGGACACUGAGCCACAAAAGCAUAAAAUACCGUAAUCCAGACAUGUCAAACUCGCGACGUCACAUGACGUCGCGCAACAUAUCGGAGCUUUUUCGCCGUUGCCGGCAAUCGGGUGGGUGUGGCUCCAGUAUGAUGAACCGGCUUUGCGCUUUCCUUACUGUAAAUGUUAUAUUCAUACUUAAAUUGUGGUGCAAAAUACUUUCUUAAUGAUUAAAACACAAACAGAACCUCUAAAUUAGUUUUUGAAUAAAGUCUGUACUUGGUGGAGUGAAUGUAAGAGAUUACCUUAGAAACAUUUUGUAGUAUUUACUGUAUAUGUUUUGCUUGGAGGGCUUUUAAUGAUAACUUCUAAUGAAAAAAUGGUUCUUCUUAAAUACCCCAUGGCUGAGUAACUGUUGGUUGUUUUACAGUACUGGGAUAUACUUGAACAAGCUCAAUGUCUGGAAGGAUGACCUAUCUGUGACAUGUAAAGAGAAAUUCUUGCAAUACUGACAUCAUGCGAUGUUUAUAACAUUUUUUAAGUUUCUACAAUUUACUAUUUAUCCUUAAUAAUGGUCAUGAGAUAAAAAUACACCAGGCAUUCUGAAUAGACAGCUGGCAGAUGACAAGAGGAAUUUAUAUUCACAGUUUGAGAGUUACAUCUUAGUGUUUCUUCUACAGAAAUGGGAUAAAAUUGUCUCCAGGAAGUUUUGUUUAAUCAGACCUUCUGGGACAGAAAUUCAUCAGUGGAAACAUGGGUGCCUCCCCUUCUUCUGAAAGAUCUGACAGCUUCCCAUUGAGUUAUUUCAGGGCUGCCUAGUGGAACCUAUCCAUGCGAGAAGCCUAACUGUUUCAAGACCUUCUUCAAAAAAUACAAUUUAACAAACGUAAGACCAUGUCUCAGCUUCAGUUGCUCCGGAGACCUUUGUCUCCAAAGAUGGAACCUGAACCAUAUAUUCCAAAGAAAAAAUGCACUAAAGGUGCUGGUGAAAAAGAGAAAGAGCCCGAAAAAGUGCUUGGAGAUGUCGACAGCCAGCCUCCUCAGCCUGAAAAGAGCCAACCCAUUUCUUUGUGCUUUCCAGAUGAUGAUGUUGGUGUCCAGGUUCCAGGCCCUGUUAAGAGGAACUUUGUUAUCCCUGUCCAUUUGACUGGUCCCCCUAGUUUCCCAAUGCAAAACCGUCGUAUCCCUAUUCGGUUACAGCUUCCUACAGCGAGAGAGUAUCCAUUUCAGUUAUCACCAGAUUUUGUGGUGAGCGGUGUGACUAUGGUAACCUCUCCUCUCCGUUCUGUAAUCCAGAAACCUGUCCCUAAAAAGCCAUUCAUUUCUCAUUAUAACUAUGAAGUCUUCAGUAAACAGCUGAUUGCUAAAGAGAUGAAAGGUCCAGAGAAAGUUGCCACCAUAUACUUAGAACUGAGCAAGUCUGAUAGAAAACUGGAAAGUCAAG